AUGGCUGCAAAAGUUGUAGACGCUGAGUACUUGAAGGAGAUAGAGAAGGCUCGUCGAGACCUUCGCGCUCUCAUUUCUAGCAAAAAUUGUGCUCCUAUCAUGCUUCGCUUGGCGUGGCAUGAUGCGGGGACUUAUGAUGCAAAAACAAAGACCGGAGGGCCUAAUGGUUCCAUCAGGAAUUCGAAAGAGUUGGCACAUGCUGCAAACAGUGGUCUCAAAAUUGCUAUUGAUUUUUGUGAGGAAAUCAAGGCCAAACAUCCCAAAAUUACAUAUGCAGACCUAUAUCAGCUUGCUGGGGUUGUUGCUGUGGAGGUAACAGGAGGCCCUACUAUUGACUUUGUUCCGGGCAGAAAGGAUUCAACCGAAUCUCCUGAAGAAGGACGUCUUCCUGAUGCAACACAAGGAGCACCACAUCUAAGGGAUGUGUUUUAUCGUAUGGGUCUAUCGGACAAGGACAUCGUGGCACUGUCUGGAGGCCACACAUUGGGAAGGGCUCAUCAGGAUAGAUCAGGCUUUGAUGGUCCUUGGACAAAGGAGCCUUUAAAGUUUGACAACACUUACUUCGUAGAGCUUUUGAAAGGGUCAGAAGAACUGUUAAAACUGCCGACAGACAGGGUUCUUGCUCAAGAUCCUAAGUUCCGGGAAUAUGUUUUGCUGUACGCAAAGGAUGAGGAUGCAUUCUUUGCAGAUUAUGCAGCAUCGCACAAGAAGUUAUCAGAGCUGGGCUUCACUCCACCUUCCUCAGGUCUCAAAACAAUUACCAAGAACAGGACCUUGCUGGCACAAAGUGCUGUGGGAGUCGCCGUAGCGGCAACUGUAGUAAUCCUAAGUUACUUCUAUGGAAUCAACAGAAGAAUAAAGUGA